CUUCCAUUUCUUAUCUGCUUGCCCAAGGCCGCAGUCACCAACUCGCUAAGCCGAGAGGAAAAAAAAAAAAGGCGAGCGGGGAAGGGCGCUUCACGCAUGCGUUAGAAGCCGCCCCUACUCCCCCGUCGCGUCCUUUCUUGGAACAAAACUAACGUGGAGCCAGAGUUCCGCAGUUUGCGUAGACACGAAUCUCCUCUUGCUCCGGCUCUCCGAGUGGAACCCGCGAGGAAGGCGCGAGGGGUGCCGCACCCUACGCAAGCGGCGUUACCCGAACUGAAUGGCCGGGUAGUGCGUGUACGUCCAUGGCGUAGCACCCACAGGCGGACGGGGUGCGGCUGCGCAGGGACCCGAGUGGGCCCUGUACGCCACUAGCGUAGCGGAAGGUCUGACGCGCGGGCCUCCGCGACGCAGUUAGCGCAGGCUGCUUUGGUGAAUACACGAUUUGGUGCAAGCCGGGGUUUGGUACCGAGCGGAGAGGAGAUGCACACGGCACUCGAGUGUGAGGAAAAAUAGAAAUGAAGGUACAUAUGCACACAAAAUUUUGCCUCAUUUGUUUGCUGACAUUUAUUUUUCAUCAUUGCAACCAUUGCCAUGAGGACCAUGACCACGGCCCUGAAGAGUUUCACAGGCACCAUCAUGGGAUGACGGAAUUGGAGCCAAGCAAAUUUUCAGUGCAGGAUGCUGAAAAUGAAAAAAAGUACUAUAUUGAAAAACUUUUUGCCCGUUACGGUGAAAAUGGAAGAUUAUCCUUUUUUGGUCUGGAGAAACUUUUAACAAACUUGGGCCUUGGAGAGAUUAAAGUAGUUGAGAUUAAUCAUGAGGACCUUGGCCACGAUCAUGUUUCUCACUUAGAUAUUUUGGCGGUUCAAGAGGGAAAGCACUUCCACUCACAUAACCACCAGCAUUCCCAUGAUCAUUUAAAUUCAGAAAAUGAAACUGUGACCAGCGUUUCCACAAAACGAAACCAUAAAUGUGACCCAGAGAAAGAGACCGUUGAAGUGUCUGUGAAAUCCGACGAUAAGCACACACGUGAACACAGUCAUCGCGCACACCAUCGCCAUCGUUUGCAUCAUCACCUUGACCGAAACGUGACCCGCCAUUUUUAUAAUGAUUCCGUUGGCCACAGAGAGCGUGGGGAGCCUAGACAUGAACCUUCAACAGAGACCAACAAAACACGGGCCCAGUCUGACAUCAGGCCGCUGAAAGGAAGGAAGAAGAACAAGGAGAAAAACAAUGAAAAUUCUGAAGUUAACACACCUGGUUUUUCCCCUAUCCAUGGUCAGGGUGAACAGUCCGAGCACAAUCGAGUCCACAAACCCGAUCGCGUACAAAGCGUGGGUCAUUCUCACGGACACCUAGAGCACAGUGGCCAUGAUCCUGGUCACGGACGCCAAGAUGCUGAUCCUGAUAACGAAGGGGAGCCCCGACACACAAGGAAGCGAGAAGCACCGCAUGUAAAAAAAAGUGCAGUUUACCCAGCUGCUAGUCACAAGGACCAUAAUGAAGAUGACCGUCAACAUGAAUGUUUGAAUGUCACUCAGUUGUUAAAAUACUAUGGCCAUGGUGCCAACUCUCCCAUCUCACCGGAUCUUUUUACAUAUCUCUGCCCUGCACUGUUAUAUCAAAUCGACAGCCGACUUUGUAUUGAACAUUUUGACAAACUGUUAGUUGAAGACUUAAAUAAGGAUAAAAAUUUGGCUCCUGAAGAUAAAGCAAACAUUGGGGCAUCAGCGUGGAUUUGUGGUAUCAUUUCUAUCACUGUCAUUAGCCUGCUUUCCUUGCUAGGCGUGAUUUUGGUUCCCAUCAUUAACCAAGGAUGCUUCAAAUUCCUUCUCACAUUCCUUGUUGCACUAGCUGUGGGAACCAUGAGUGGAGAUGCCCUUCUUCAUCUGCUACCGCACUCUCAGGGUGGACAUGAUCACAGUCAUGAGCACGCACAUGGACAUGGACAUUCUCAUGGACAUGAAUCCAAGAAGUUUCUGGAAGAAUAUGAUGCUGUAUUGAAAGGACUUGUUGCUCUAGGAGGCAUUUACUUGCUGUUUAUCAUUGAACACUGUAUCAGAAUGUUUAAGCACUACAAACAACAAAGAGGAAAACAGAAGUGGUUUAUGAAGCAGAACGCGGAAGAGUCGAGCAUUGGAAGGAAGCUUUCAGACCAUAAGUUAAACAACACCCCAGACGCCGACUGGCUGCAGCUCAAGCCCCUCGCUGGAACUGAUGAUUCGGUUGUUUCCGAAGAUCGGCUUAAUGAAACUGAACUGACCGAUUUAGAAGGCCAGCAAGAAUCCCCUCCUAAAAAUUACCUCUGUGUAGAAGAGGAGAAAAUCAUGGCUCAUUCCCACAGCGACGGCUUACACACCAUCCACGAGCAGGAGCUGCACGCUGCUGCACACAACCACCACGAUGAGAACAAAACUGUGCUGAGGAAGUACAACCAUCAGUGGCACCACAAACACUCCCAUCACUCCCAUGGGCCCUGCCAUUCCGGAUCGGAUCUGAAAGAAACAGGAAUAGCUAACAUAGCUUGGAUGGUCAUCAUGGGGGAUGGCAUCCACAACUUCAGCGACGGGCUCGCGAUCGGAGCAGCUUUCAGUGCCGGGCUGACAGGUGGGAUCAGUACCUCCAUAGCUGUCUUCUGUCAUGAGCUGCCACAUGAAUUAGGUGACUUUGCAGUUCUACUUAAAGCAGGCAUGACUGUAAAGCAAGCAAUUGUGUACAACCUGCUCUCAGCAAUGAUGGCAUACAUUGGCAUGCUCAUAGGCACGGCUGUUGGCCAGUAUGCCAACAACAUCACACUUUGGAUCUUUGCCAUCACGGCAGGCAUGUUCCUGUAUGUCGCCCUGGUGGAUAUGCUUCCAGAAAUGUUGCAUGGUGAUGGUGACAACGAGGAACAUGGCUUCUGUCCAGUGGGGCAGUUCAUCCUGCAGAAUCUGGGCCUGCUGUUUGGAUUCGCCAUCAUGCUGGUGAUUGCCCUCUAUGAAGACAAAAUUGUGUUUGACAUCCAGUUUUGACCAUUCCCAGCCCGCUCUGCUGGUCGCAGCAAUGUCACCAUGCAGCCUCGCAUCUGUCCCUUGUACAGCAGGCACACUGCUCAAAGGAGAGUCCGUGGCUUGCACUACUUACGCGUUCCCUAGACUGGAGCCUAAUCCCAAGACUGGUGCUCAGGCCCGUUUCCCCUGUGUAAGAGGGGUCUUUUCAAAAUACAGAGCUUGUGAUAAAGAGAGGAGAAAAUGGGACUCCUUCAACCGAUAUUGACAUAGGUUUAAGACUUUAAAAGAAAAUCAUAUACAACACUAAAGUAGCCUGUUACUAGAAACUUCUGUGGCUAUGCAGAAAUAGAAAUUGAACCAAAAAAAUCAUUUAAACUUUAAAAAUAUUUUAAAUGGACUUUGGGCAACAUUUUUGUGUGUGCUAAGAAUGGAUAGUAGUGUCCUUCGAUUCUACUGCAUAAAUUCAUACGGUGAUAGGGAUCAGCUUGACACAACUUGGAAGCUGCAGAAAGUAGGCUAUAGGAACUAGAGCAAAGCUCAGGCUGCAUUAGAGUAUGAUUUUAGCAUUGGAAAGCCCCUUAUUCUUGAAUCUAGAGUUACUAUUUUUGUAUAUAUUUGCAUAGUUUAAACUUGCAGUCUAAACUACUGAAAUUUGUGAUUGUAUGUUUGUGUGAGCUUCAGUUUAAUGAAAGAUUCAUUAAUGGUUCUUUGUAUUAUUAUAAUACUUGGUGUUUGGGGGUAUUCUGUUUUGUUUUUGCUUUAGUUUUGUUUUUUGUUUUGGGCUGUUGUGGGGAGGGAGUUCAGAGCAUGUGGUCAAAUGUUUAUUCCUUAAAAUUGUUUCCCUCUAGAAAAUAUAUAAAACAAAUGAAACCAAACAUAGCCGAAAUACUCAGUUUUCAACUGUAAUAGUACUCACUUGUGAAUUGGGAAACUUAAGUACUAAACGUUCAGAUUACUUGACUAGUUUGCUGUUGGAACCAAGAGCACACGCUGUGGUCGCUAGUGAAGUUGCAAGGUAGAAAGUCCAAGCUGACCACAUCUAUACAACCAAGUGUCAACUACAGCGGCUACCAGGGUACCCUCGGUGAUCCUGGAGGCCAGCCUGGUGCCGGGUGACUUGAAAGGGAUGUGAAAAUAAUUCAGCUGAAAUCACUUGACCAUUUUGUGCCAAGACAAGCUGUUGGUGCCUGAUAGGUAUCAGUCUCUUUUUUAGGUGCCCUGUUUCCCUACCUUAAUUGUGACUGACUGGUAAGAAGUGCAAGCCAUGUUUAUCCUGCAUUCUGGCUUAAGCAUUAGUAGUAGUAGGCGGCUGCACGUGGCUUUCUUUUUGUGCCUGUGCCUCCCAGUCUUCAGUUUUGCUGGGUAACCUGUAAUUGAAGUGUGAGCAGCUAGCUUUGUUUUAAUCUGCUCGGCAAACAGUACAGCUGCUUUAAAAACCUUAAGUGUUCAGAUAUGUCAGAGCCAAACACUCUGCAUUCCAUUUCCAGCAUUUCUGUGUGGUCCUCCUCUGCCCAGUUCCAUUCCCCUAACGCCGUGAACCUUUUCAAACACAGCUUUGAGAGCAGC